CCUCUGUGCACACUGGGAGAAAACAGCCUGCCACACUCACAACCAAGGGGAAAGCAGAGAUCAGGGCUUUCUCAGAUCACCUGUCAGAGUCUGUCACCAGGAAAAGCGAGCCCCGGCAAGGGACAGGAGCUGCAACCAACCAGAAGGAACAUGGCUGUGAGGGCAUUUACUGUGUGAGCACCUGGGUUCCACCAGGCACCAUGUGGGGGGAGAACACAGUUACCUGUAGGAACCAGGUGGGCGACAUGAAGAGGUAGAAUUUGAAACGGACGUUGAAGCACAGACAGGACUCAGGCAGAAAUGUGUGGUGGGAUGAAUGGUCCACAAGUUAAUCAUGAGAGGACAGAAAACAGUAAGAGAUGAAGAAAAUGACUAUGAAGAGAAUGGAAGGGCUUCAGAGGAGCAGAUACGGGACUAUGGCUGAAGGCGGGAUAGAAAAUAAGCUGUUUGCAACCUCGUCCUCAUUGAGGAUCAUCCUGGUGGGCAAAGCAGGCAGUGGGAAGAGCGCCACCGGGAACAGCGUCCUCUGCCAGCCAGUGUUUGAGUCCAGGCUGGCGGCCCAGUCGGUGACCAGGAAGUGUCAGGGCGCAACGGGCACGUGGGAUGGGAGGAGCGUCCUGGUGGUGGACACGCCCCCCAUGUUUGAGGCGAGGGCCCAGGACCAAGAGGCGUACGAGAACAUCGGGGACUGCUACCUGCUCUCGGCCCCGGGGCCUCACGUGCUGCUGCUGGUGACCCAGCUGGGGCGCUUCACAGAGCAGGACGUGGUGGCCGUGACCAGGGUGAAGGAGGUCUUUGGGGCGAGAGCCCUGAGACACACGGUCAUCCUCUUCACCCACAAGGAGGACUUGGGGGACGGAUCCUUGCGUGACUACGUAGCAAACACAGACAACGUCAGGCUGAGGGGCCUGGUCCGGGAGUGCGGGCACAGGUACUGCGCCUUCAGCAACCAGGCCUCCGGGGACGAGCAGAGGAAGCAGCUGGCCGAGCUGAUGGCCGUGGUCGAGGGGCUGGAGAGGGAGCUCCAGGGCGCCUACCUCAGCAACGACCUCUUCUUUGAUGCACAGCGGCUCCAGCAGGGUGGGGGCGACCCCCAUGGAGAAGGUCACGUGCGCUACCUGGCCAAGGUGCGGUCGCAUAUUGCAAGGCAAAAGCAAGACCUGAGAGAGGCCCAGAGAAAUGGCGCCUUCAAGGCGCUCCUGCGAGUCAAGCGCUCGAUCGUCUCUCACAUCGGAAUAUUUGCUGUUUCUGUUAUAUGCUUUUUGAGUUUGCUUGCCAUUUUAAUUAGCUUGUGUAGCACUCGCGAAUGCUGAGCAUUUUCAGAUGAUACCUGCCAUCAGCUUCCAUUUUUUCAGAGUCAGUAUCUUUGUCUAUGUUGAUAAGGAACUUUAUUUGCUUUUCGUGUAGUUUCACUUUCAAUUUCCCUUCCUUGCACCGGACACACCAUCCAUUUUCUUCAGUUGCUUUUUAGGUAAAUAAAAUCCAAAGGAAAAUUC